GAAAAAUAUAAAAGAUCGCUAAAAAAAAUCGACGAGAGAAACCAGAAAAGCCUAAAAGCCGACCUUUUUUUUCUCUCCUCUUACCUCUCAGCUUCUGCUGGAUCUCUCCAGCAGACGAUCUUCUUUGGAGAGAUUCGUAGGGGACCGAUCGAUCAAGGCUUAUUGGGCAAACAGAAAUGGACCACGACAAGACAGGAUGCCAAAGCCCACCUGAAGGUCCCAAGCUAUGUAUCAACAACUGUGGUUUCUUUGGAAGCGCUGCCACAAUGAACAUGUGCUCGAAGUGUCACAAGGCUAUGUUGUUUCAACAGGAACAGGGGGCUAAGUUUGCAUCUGCAGUGUCCGGAACAUCAGCAUCCAGCAACAUCAUAAAGGAAACCAUUACUGCUGCGUUGGUGGAUGUUGAAACCAAGGCCGUUGAGCCAAUGGUUGUCACUGUACAGCCAUCCUCUGUACAAGCCGUUGAGGAGGUAGUAGCACCAGAAGCUGCAGCAAAACCAAAGGAAGGACCAAGCCGAUGUACUACUUGCAAUAAACGGGUUGGUUUGACUGGAUUCAAAUGUCGCUGUGGUAACCUCUUCUGCGGGACACACCGCUAUGCAGACAUACAUGACUGCUCCUUCAAUUACCAUGCUGCUGCGCAAGAAGCAAUAGCUAAAGCAAAUCCGGUUGUAAAGGCAGAGAAGCUUGACAAAAUCUGAAACUCAGAAACUCUGUUUUCAGGUACACUGUAUGUUUCCUUCUUCCUGUCUGUGUCUGGUUCAAGGUGUGUCUCAUGUUAAAAAAAAAAAAGGUUUUUAUAUAUGGUCGAACGAACGAAAGCUUGGGUUGAUCUGUAGCUUCUUCCAUCCUCUGCAAUAUUUGUGGUGUGAAACUUUAUAAUCUGUGUUUGCAAGCAGAGAAAUGUGCUCUUAAAAAAAUGUAUGCUUUGAUGUGUUUCUCUUAUUAUUUAUGAGCACUAUGUUUGUGUUUUCCGUGUGGUCUGUAUCAUACUGAGAUUGUAUCUGUAGCUUUAUGAAAGCUUUUUAAAAAAACAAGGUUUAGGUUUCUCCUUCGAUGGAGGUUUCAGGUCUCAGGCUCUCUGAUCCUUUUCAUUUCUCUGUUUGGCGAGCUAUGUAACAUUGUAAAGUCAUGAACUUUAACAUAUGGGUUGUCGAUGAAGACUCUAGAGCUCGCUUCUCUCGG